UGGCAGGAGACAUCAGCUAGCGGACCCUCGCACCGUUUACAUUAGUAACAACAACAAAAACACACACACACACACACACACAACAUAACACAAAACACAACACAAAACACAAGAACCAAUCGGGCAAGUUACCUCAAAGGAGAAAUUCAGUUCGCCAUGGAGACCAGUGAUCAUUUCUUUGAAGGCACCGAAAAGCUGCUUGAGGUGUGGUUUUCUCGGAAGGAUGAAAGUAAAGGAUCGGGAGAUCUCCGCAACAUCCCCAGAUUUGAAUGGAACAAGCUGCUGAAAAGUGUUCAUUGUUUGAUUGUCAGUGUGACAAGAACAGACUGGCAAGAUGCUUAUGUGCUCAGUGAGAGCAGUAUGUUUGUAUCGAAGAGACGUUACAUUCUGAAGACAUGUGGUACCACCCUCUUACUUCAGGCAAUGGGACCCCUUUUGGAACUAGCGCAGAAAUACUGUGGCUUUGACAUCAUUGAGGAUAUCUUUUACUCUCGCAAAAACUUUAUAAAACCAACAAGCCAAGACUACCCUCACAGGAGCUUUGAGGAAGAAGUAGAGUUCUUAGACAAGUUGUUUCCAAAUGGUGUGGCCUACUGUAUGGGGCGUAUUCAUUCAGAUUGCUGGUACCUCUACACACUGGAUAUCAAUGAAGGUUGUGGGAUCCUCCAGCCUGAUCAGACUCUGGAAAUUUUGAUGAGACAACUGGACCCUGAAGUAAUGAAGCAAUUCUUCCUGAAAGAUGGUGUUAUUGCUGACGAUGUCACUCAGAUGAGUGGGAUACGUGACCUGAUACCAGGAUCGGUUAUAGAUGCCACAAUGUUCAAUCCCUGUGGUUACUCAAUGAAUGGGCUGAAAGCAGAUGGAACAUAUUGGACGAUUCAUAUCACGCCAGAACCUGAUUUUUCCUAUGUAAGCUUUGAAACUAAUCUAGCCUUGAAUUCCUACACCAAACUGAUUAAGAAGGUAGUGGAUAUCUUCAAACCAGGAACGUUUGUUACAACUCUAUUUGCUAAUCAGAGUUCGAAAUGUCACAUCUCAUGUUCAGCACCUCCAGCCGUGGAUGGAUUCAAGCGCAAAGAUUUGCAGUAUGCUCAGUUCAACAACUACAGCUUUGUAUUUGCUAGUUAUGUCAAGCAUUAGCUUCACAGCAGAGAAGAAAACAUCCCAGCUGUACGGAGUGAAGCAUGAAACAUGAAUUACUGCAUCAAUUACGUUAAUCUAUUGUAACAGCUUGCAUGUCAUAGUUAAAAUAGGUGGAGAAGUGCAGUCCAUUUUGUGCCAUGUCAGCCAAGCUCUACAUACAGUAAUUUGGUGCAAUAUUGUUAAGAUAACACUGUUGUUAAAUAUGCACUGCUUCAGUGUGUAUCAUUUUCAUUGAUGGAUUUUAAGUGGUCGGUUUGUGUAAAAAAAGAAGAAAUCACAGCUAAACCUCUACUAAGUUUUAGCAAACUACUGGAUAAAAGACAUAUCUGGAAUUCACUUCCUCUACCUCAUUUAUGACAUGCAAAGAGGAGAAAACAAUUUUGCAAACUGCAUUUCAGAUGACUUUAAAAGCAUUGAUUUGUACAUGUAAUCAUGAAUAGAUACUGUUCAGUAUUAUAGACCUUUGUACCUCAAUAUUCAAACAUCCUCCAUAGGUUUGAACAGAUGUUCUAAAAAUGUAACCACCAUUUUAUGCAAUUUGAAAUGAUAUAAUUGUCUGAACCAAUGAUUUUAUAGGGGAAUAUUAACCCACUUUAAUAUGAAGUCACUUUCAACAGCCUGAUCACCAACACAAUACUCUGCCAGGUAUUCCAAAAAAUAUUAGUCCAGGUCCUUGUAUUAUAUAUCGAACAAAAGCCUGGAAACUUUGCACUUUUCUCUCUAUAUGGAAGGGAUAACAGAAUGUCUUCUUAUAGUGCAGUCUGAGCAAUGUGAUGCUGAAUGAAUACAGAUGAUCAGAUGCAAAAAUAAUCUGAUCUUUCUUAACUCUUUAAAAUAAGGGAUGAUUACACCAAUAGUUAAAAAUAACUUUUGCAUUUUGAAUAUAUGGAAAUAUAUAAACAUUUCUCAAGUCAAUCACCCUUUUAUUGCCUAUUCCAUUUGAUCAGGUGUACAUAGUUGUUAAUGAAAAAGUGUCCCAUUAAAUGAUUAAUUAACAUUUAGAUGAUAUCUGCAUCUACAACCUUUAAACUGGUCUAUCUAUAGAGCAGAGAGGGACCUAAACUGUUAAUGUUAGAGAAAAUAUCAGGUAACAACAAAACCAUAAAACGCAGAAAUAAUCGACUUGCUCUAACAUUGGCAGCUGUGCUUUCAGCUGCCUGGGCCCGAAGCUCUGGAAUUAUUUCUCUAAACCACUCAACCUUUCUUUCCUUCUUUAAGACACUCCUUAAAACCUAACACUUUGACCAAGCAUUGGUCCAGCUGUCCUCUUAUGUCCUUCCAUGCUUCAGCAUCAAACUCAUCAAACUUUAUUUGAUAAUGUUCCUAUCAAGCACCUUGGGGCAGUUUAUGAUAUGAAAGGGUGCUACAUAAAUGCAAAUUGCUGUUACUCUAAAUACCAAAGGAAAAA